AUGACCGCCGCUCCCGCGGCCAAGCGCGUCGCCAUGCCGCUGAGCCGCGUCCCCGAUUGCGCCAGCCAAGAACUCCUCUCGUACCUCGACGCGCCGGACCUCGCGCGCCUCGGCGAGACCUGCGCCUUCUGGCGCUGCGCCGUCCGGUUGUUCGCCGAGGCCGUCGUCGACCGGCAGGGCUGGGGCCUGAGCGACGGCGUCGGCGCCGUGGAGCGCCUGGCGACGGAGGUCUGCACCUUCGACGCCGAGAGCUUCCGCGCCGUCGGCGGGGGCGCGCCGCGGCUCCGGUCCGCGCGGCGCCGGGGCACGGCCGAGGUGCUGCGGGUCGCGCAGCGCGCGGCGCCUCCCGGCGACGUUUCCGGCGACCGGGCGCGCGGGAGCGUCGCGGCGGUCUUCAGCGAGCACGGCUCGAAGCUCGUCGUGCGCGAGCCCGGCCGCUACCGCGUGUCGGGCCGCGUCGAGCCGUGCCUCCGCACGGACUCGCCUCGCGGGCCCCGGAAGCGCCCCCGCGGCGACGACGCGGCCGAGGGGCGCCUGGUCGUCGCGGCGCGGGCCGCGGCCCGGGCCAUCCACCCGGGCCCGGCCGACGACCGAAACGUGCGGCCGCGGCUCGCGCCGCCCGCGGCUUCCGAGCGGCUCUGCUUCCAGGUCCGCGUCCUCGAAUCCGGGCCGCCCCUGUCGUCCAUCUACGUCGGCGUCGCGACGCGGCGCUGGGCGCGGGGCCGGUCGGCGAGCCAGGCCAUCCGCUCCGACGAGUGCUGGCUCCUGGACCUGCGGCGCGCGCGCUUUGUGCACGGCUUCCCGGCCUACGACCGGGCCAUGGCCGCGGCGCACGGCGACCGCGCGCGGCAGCACGCGACGACGGACGACGUCGUGGAGACGGGCGACGUGCUGGGCGUGCGCGUCGUCGGCGGCAGCGCCCACUUCUACCGCAACGGGCGGCGCCUCGCGUUCUCCGCGGGCGGCCGCGCCGACCUCCGGCCCGGCGCGGCCGCGCCGCCGGCGAACGCCGGGGCCGCGCAACCCGACGACGACGCGGCGCGCGCGGCGCGGGACGACGAUCUCGGCGUCGCGGGCCCGCGCUUCGACGUCGGCUGGGGCCGCCCCAUCCCGCGCGACGUGGACCUCGUGCCCAUCGUCGAGGUCCACAGCCGGGCCCAGGCGCCCGCGGACGCGCCGCGGCCCCGGCACCUAGCCUUGGAGGUCGCGGCCUGGGACGCGCCGGUCUGGUGCGAGGCCGCGGGCGGCCGGCUCGCGCAAAGGGCGACGGAGGACUCGAACAACUUCGGGUCGCGGCCCGCGCCGCGGCGGCCGGCGACGGGCGACUUCCCCGGCGACGGCGACGCCUGGCGGCCCGUCGAGGUCGCGGCGGCCGCGCUGCUGCGUGUGGCGGGGCCCCGCGCCGCGCGGCGGCUCCGGGCCGCGAGCAAGCGCUGCCGCGUGCUCGCGCAGGUCGCGGCGGUGUCGCUGCUGCCGCUCGCGCCGCUGACCUGCGGCGUCGCCCAGGUGGCGCUGGACCUGAGCGGCUUCGCGCUGGCCCUGGCCUUCGCGGCGCCGGAGCUCGCGGGGCCCGCGGACGCGCUCGCGCGGCGGCCCGCGGCGCUGUCCGCGAUCCUCGGCGCCAAGGCGUUCGGCGACGCGUUCGCGCUGUCGCUCGCGUGCUCCGCGGUCUGGAAGUGCCACUUCUACGACCGGCGGCGGCCGCGGCGCGCGCGGCGGGGCCUGCGGACGCUCCUGCGGUGCCACCUCUUCAAGUGCGUCGCGGUGGCCUGCGCGGUCGCGUGCGCGCCCGUCGGAUUCCACGUCGCGGGCGCCGAGGAGCUCCGGCGCUCCGACUGGGACGGCGGCGGCGGCGACGUGUGCCUCGACGCGCCGCGGUGGGUCCACGAGCGGCGCUGCGGCGACGACGACCCGCGCGCGGGGCUCACGCUCCUCGCGUGGCGGCGGCUGGAAAUCGCCUUCGGCGCGUUGGGUUUGGGCGGCGGCGCGGUGCACGUCGUCGCGCUGGACCUGCGGGGGCUCGGCGGCGGGCUCGACGGCGCCCUGGUGGCGUCGUUCUGGCACCGCGGCGGCGCGUUAGGCGCGGCGGCGACGUGCCUGCUGUGGCUGUUCGCCGAGGUCGCGACGGAGUCGGCGUUCCAGGCGUACCGCGUUUUGCGCGACUCGAAGCUCGCCGCGAAUUUGUGCAACUUCCCGCUGGGGGACACGCCCCACGCGCGGACGGCGUCGAUGCGCGCCGUGUUGAAGUUGUACGCGAUGAUGUGCUUCAUCCCGGGCUCCGCGUCGCCGCUCCUGGCGCUCGCGGCGAACCACGCCGCGGGCGACCUCCGGCUGCCGGGCUUCCCGCUCCACCUCGUCGUCUACCCGGCGACGGCGUGCUGGCUCGCCUUCGUCAUCUUCGUCAAGUUCGCCUUUGUGGUCUUCGGCCUCAACACGCUCUCGGGCUUCGAGGACUACGACGUCCCGGGCUGGCUGCUCGGCUAGUCUCCUAAGGGGUCUGGGCGUC